AUGUCAGCCAAGGUAGUGCACGAUGCUUCUUGCAUUUUUUGUAAAAUCAUUAAAGGCGAAAUUCCAUCUUUUAAAUUAAUUGAAACUGAAUAUACUUAUUCAUUUUUAGAUAUUCAACCAACCUCGAAGGGUCAUGCUUUAAUCAUUCCAAAAUAUCACGGUGCUAAAUUGCAUAACAUUCCUGAUGAAUAUUUAACCGAUAUACUACCAAUUACUAAGAAGUUAACAAAAGUUUUAGGAAUCGAUAAUGACGGAUCCGACGGUUUUGGGUACAACAUUUUACAAAACAAUGGUAAAUUAGCACAUCAAGAAGUCGAUCACGUUCAUUUCCAUUUGAUUCCAAAAUUCGACAAGGAAUCUGGUCUAAUCAUAGGAUGGCCAACAGAAGAAACUGAUUUCGAAAAGUUAGGUGAAUACCAUAAAGAACUCUUAAAGAAAUUAGAGUCUCUAGAAUAA